ACAACGCAUUUUAAAUUCAAAAACCUUCUCUUCCUCUGCAAGUUACCUCCUCAAUUCCCCUUAGCUCCUUUCCAAUUUUCACUAACACUUCUCCUAUCUCACUUUGCUCUCACUAACAAUGAAGAAAGUUGUGUUGAAGCUGGAAAUACAUGAAGACAAAAUCAAGCAAAAAGCUAUGAAGGCUGUCUCUGGCCUUAAAGGGGUUGAGUCAGUUUCUGUCGACAUGAAAGACAAGAAAUUGACCUUAACCGGAGACAUUGAUCCAGUAAAUGUAGUAGCCAAGCUAAGGAAAUUUUGUCACACAGAAAUAGUUUCUGUUGGACCAGCAAAAGAGGAAAAGAAGGAACCACCUAAGCAAGACGAUAAAAAGAAGGAAGAUAACAAGAAGGAUUCAACAAAAGAAACUCUGAUCGAUCCACUCAAGUUCUAUCAAAACUAUUCCUAUUAUUAUCAGAUGAAACCCCAAUACAGUCCAUAUUACAGUGCCAUAAGUGUGGAAGAGGAUCCUAAUAGCUGUGUCAUCUUCUAACUUUUUUUUUAUUACUUUGUUAGAUUAAAAAUUAAUCCAAAAUAUAUAUAGUAUUUGUCUUUUCUCCGUUCCUUCUUAUGAUUUAGAUCGGGGGUUAGUGUGGCCAAGCAAGUAAGAAAGAGUAGCAUGCAGCAUCCAAAAUUAAUGUCAUAUGAAUGUAACUAAGAAAAAUUUUGUGAUUGAGAUAGUUUGAGUGCAGUUGUAAUUAAUGGGGAAAUGUGUUUCCUUCAAUAGAAUGUGUUGUUUGUUUUUGAGUCAUUUGAAGACAAUAUACACAAAAGUAUUUAAUUGUUCUCUUGCUCUCAAGACUAAGCUGUUAAAAUGCUGAUUGUGAUAUUUGGGAGAGCUUAGGCACAAUAAUACUAAAGGAGUUAAUCUUGCGGUGGAUGUUAUAGAAAUGGGGGGAAAAAACACUCUUCCAAAGAUGAUAUGUGUGUUAUAUGAAUAAAUUGAUAGAAAUUUUGAUGAAUUUUACAUUUUACCAUUACCAUAAGAAUAUCAAAUCAGGAUAUACACUGAUGACAAGCAU